AUGAGCUGCCAGGGUAUCGGUCUUAGACAGGUGCCUGUGCUGCUCUUAUGGGAGGGGGUCGCUCUGGGCCUGUUCUGCUGCUGGACCUGGGCUGGGGUUGCUGCCGCCGCGGCCGGACCAAGUGAUGGCGGUGGUGCUGGGCCCAUGGGCUGGCUGCUGUCGGACAAAGGGCCCUUCCACAAUUCCCUGGAGUUUACAGAGUCUGUGGAGAGACACCAGCAGGGCUACACCACCAGAUACAAGAUCUACAGGGAGUUUGGCCGAUGGAAGGUCAACAGCCUGGCCGUGGAGUGGCGUGACAACAGUGGCGGCCUGGCUCCGCCCCUCGACCCUGACUUCAUGCACACGGUCAGGCAGCUUGGGCGGCGGCCCACACUCCGCCGGAUCACUGAGAAAAUCAUCAAGAAGUACGGGACUCACCUCCUACUGUCCGCCACGCUGGGAGGGGAGGAGUCCUUGACGAUAUUUGUGGAUAAGAGGAAGCUACGCCGCGACCCGGAACCAGGGGCUGGAGCUGAGGGCAGCAGACACAACGGUACGGGGGCCAUGGCAGGGGCGGUGACCCUGGAGGCCCUUCACCAGCUGGCUGCCUCCUACUUCACCGACAGGGAGAGCACUCUGCGCCGGCUCCACCACCUCCAGAUUGCCUCCACUGCCAUCAGGGUGACUGAAACCAGGACGGGCCCGCUUGGAUGCAGUAACUAUGACAACCUUGACUCUAUCAGCUCAGUACUGGUCCACAGUCCAGAAAACAAGAUCCAGUUACAAGGACUCCAGGUAAUUCUACCAGUCUACCUGCGGAGCCGCUUCGUCCAGGCAGCCCUCAGCUACAUCGGCUGUAACUCGGAGGGCCAGUUUGUUUGCAGGGCCAGUGACUGCUGGUGCCAGUGCGGCCCGGACUUCCCACAGUGCAACUGUCCACAGACGGACCUCCAGGCCCUGGAGAACAACCUGCUGCGCCUCAGGGAGGCUUGGACACUGGCCAACCAGGAGUUUGUGGAAUCAGAGGAGUUCCAAAGCUUUGUUGGAAGGUUGCCAACCCAUUACGCCGUGAACACAUCUGUCGUGGAGCACUUGUGGAGGAUGGAUGGGGGUCUGCUCCAACGCUAUAGGCAGCUGGAGACCACGAGCGGCCUGCUCCUCGACAAAGCACGUCGCGCCGCUAACAAGCUCUUCAGUCUUAGCAAGAGAUGCCGCCAUCAGCCCAGAAUAGUGCUGCAGAGGGAGAGACCCCUUCGCUACUGGCUGAGCUACAUCCUGUCCCUUCUGUACUGCAGUGAGAAUGACCACAUCGGCCUGUACUCUGUGGAGACCCGCAGCUGCUCCUGCCCCUACCUCCACCCCCCCUGCCAGGGCCCCAUCCCCUGCUCAGUAGGAGAGGGCCCCCGCUGCACCUCCUGUUCCACUGAGAACCGCACCCGCUGCUCCAGCUGCAACCUGGGCUUUACCCUGGGCCAGGGGCUGUGCCGACCCGCCGUGCCUGACCCCACGGACCCCUACCUGGGCUUGGAGAGCGACCGCGACCUCCAGGACCUGGAGCUGUGCUACCUGCUCCAGCACCGGGACCCGAGCAUCACCUUGCACGGCAUCUUCGUCAGCAACGACGUUCGCCUCAACGCCUGGUUUGACCCGUCGUGGCGGAAGAGGAUGCUGCUGACCUUGAAGAGCAACCGCUACAAGUCCAACCGUGUGCACAUGCUCCUGGGGGUGGCGCUCCAGGUGUGCCUGACCAAGAACAGCACACUGGAGCCUGCGCUGUCCGUGUUCGUCAACCCGUUCGGGGGCAGCCACUCGGAGAGCUGGACCAUGCCCAUCGGCCAGCAUGGCUACCCCAACUGGGAGCGGACCAAGCUGGAUAUCCCCCUGGACUGCUACAACUGGACCUUGACGCUGGGUAACCGGUGGAAGAGCUUUUUCGAGACAGUGCAUUUCUACCUGAGGAGCCGCAUUAGGGAUUCGGUGCCAGGAUUGGCUCCAGGGCCAGAGGUUAGGGGACACAGGAACGCUAGUACAGUGUACCUGGAAUCACCGGAGGGCACCGUGAAACCAGUGGUGGCAUCUUCAUCCCAGAACAUGGGCUACAUGAAGAUCAACAGCAUGCAGCUGUUUGGAUACAGCAUGCACUUUGACCCGGACACCAUCCAGGACCUGAUCUUGCAGCUGGACUACCCGUACACUCAGGGAUCCCAGGACUCGGCCCUGCUGCAGCUGGUGGAGAUCCGCUACAGGGUCAACCGACUCUCUCCUCCAGGGGCUCAACCGAUGGACCUGUUCUCAUGUCUGCUCCGUCACAGACUGAAACUGUCCAGCUCUGAAGUGACCAGAAUACUGGCUUCCUUACAGGCUUUCAGUGCCAGACAACCAAACUCUGUGGAGUACGAAGCAACCAAACUAUGUAGUUAA